AAUGAUUCGCAGGACGCAGUGAAAUUUCUGAGUAUGCAACACGUGACUUCCAAUCUUCUUCCUCGUGAACUUUGAAGUCAUCGGUUCAACAACAUGUUCACCUUUCGCCCUUCGGUGCUUCUGCCGUCUUUCCUUCUCUUAAUAACGACAGUCAACGCCCUUCACUUCUACUUGGAUGCAAACGAAAAACGAUGUUUUGUGGAAGAAUUGCCAUCAGACACGGUGGUUGAGGGGCACUACAGAGCAUUAGAGUGGACUGACAGCACACAACAAUACAAUCUAAAUGAGGAACUCGGAAUUGUCGUCGAAGUAGAGGAAAUGGAAACGGCGCACGUCGUCACAAAGACGAGAGGUCCGCCCGACGGUCGCUUCACAUUCACCUCUCACGAAGCUGGCGACCACUCCAUUUGCAUCUCCACCAACUACACGUCAUGGUGGUCAAGCACGCACAUCAAGCUCUAUCUCGACAUCGUGGUAGGAAGUACGAAACCAGACAUCGAGGGCGACCGCACCCACAUUGGCGAACUCAGCAGUAAGCUCCGUGAUCUCAACCAAAAGCUCGAAGAUAUUCGGAGGGAACAGCAGUACCAGCGGGAGAGGGAGUCGGAUUUCCGAAACCUGAGUGAGAAUACGAAUUCGAAGGCUGUUUGGUAUAGCGUGUUGCAGAUUGGAGUGCUUAUUGCUACGUGCACGUGGCAGUUGCGACAUUUGAAGCGUUUCUUUGCGGAUAAACGGUAGUCCUGUCUUAGAUAUUAUUCUAAUGGACCUGUGUUUGCCUUGAGAUUGACGGGUCAAGCUAUAGAUCCUACCGUUGUCAAGCGGAUCAAAUUUAGUGACAUGCAAACGAGUCCCUCACCAUGAACUAUACAC